UUCGAAAAUCUCAAGUAAAGAAAACCAAAGACAAUCCUUAAAACAUAUCCAAUAAAUAUGUUUCUUUAGAUCAACAUCAUGAUCCAUAUAUAUAUAUAGUUUAAUCAGGGUUUUUUUGAGGUCUUUUCUUUUACAGAAAUCAUCUAGCGAAGUUAAGAGAAUGGGGUUAGGAGACAUUGGAGCAAGUCUUCCUCCUGGGUUUAGGUUUUAUCCAAGUGAUGAGGAGUUAGUAUGUUAUUAUUUGUACAAAAAGAUCACAAAUGAAGAAGAAGCUUUGAAGGGUACUUUGGUUGAAAUUGAUUUGCAUACUUGUGAGCCAUGGCAGCUUCCGGAAGUGGCAAAGGUAAAUGGGAAGGAAUGGUAUUUUUUCAGCUUUAGGGAUAGAAAAUAUGGAAGAGGAGAGAGAGCAAAUCGUGCAACAAUACAUGGAUACUGGAAAGCAACUGGAAAAGAUAGAAUCGUUAUCAAUCCCAACCUUGGUGGUGAAGUCAUGGGUAUGAGAAAAACUUUGGUCUUUUAUAGAAACAGAGCUCCCUAUGGAAUCAAAACUAGUUGGAUUAUGCAUGAAUUUCGUAUUCAAAACCCUCGUUUCCCCCCAAAGGAGGACUGGGUUUUGUGCAAAGUUUUUCAUAAGAGCAGGUGCAAUAACGAGACUACCAUGGACAUAACAGAGAUCAAUCGGGUGUCCAAGACGGUCCCACUCGCCUCCGCUUCAUCGUCCUUGUGUUCACCAUCGAGUUACAUCCAGUUUACGCCUGCAGUGGACACCAAUAAGCUGCCAUGGAAAAACAACAUUAUAAGUAAUAACGUGGAAGAAGUAGGUGGAGGUUUUAAGUUAAAUGGAGUUGAUCAUCGUGAAUAUUCAACCAUACAACAAAUGAAGUUUGAGAUUGAGGAUAGCAUCCAAAAUGACUUCAUCCCUUUUGACUAUUUUACUGCUUGAUGAUAAAUAAAACACACACAGUACGUACUUUAUGUAAUCAAUCAUUCAAAGUGAAGAGAAGAAAAACAAGGAAUCCCUCAAAAGUUUGAUUGAUUAUCUGCUGUUGUAAAAUAGUGUUUGAUUAGUAAGUUUUACUUUGUUUUAUGUUUUGUAAUAUUUUUAUUUGGAGUCAUUCGUUCAAAUUGUUCCAUUGUAUUAAAGGUCAUAUAGGUUAAUCAACGUAAUAUACAUAUAUAUAUAUUUCAAUAAAGUCAUGAUCCAAACAUGCAUCAUUUGGAA